AUGGCGUUCCCGCUCCCCUCCCUCGCCGGCCUCCUCGCGCGGCGCACGCUGCUCGCGUACGCGGCCACGUGGACGGCGGUCGCGGUCACCGCCGUGGCCGUGGCCGCGUUCGCGCCGGAGCUCGCCUUCGUCUGGGCGCUCGGGCCCGGGACCCCGCUGUCGAGGGCGUGCCAGGGCGGCGCCGGCGGGGGCGAGGGUUUCAGCGUCGGCCUGCCGCUCGACGGGCCGCCGUGGGACGUCGUCUGCGUGCCCGCCGGCAUGUUCGGCCGGGCCAGGCCCGACGCCGUCGUCCCGCUCGUCUUCGCCGUCGUCGUGGUCACCGGCGCCGUCUGGUUCACCACGGCCGUCGGGGUGUGGGAGGAUGAUCACAGCGACGAGCCGUUGUCGCCGGCUUCCAUAGACCAAGUGUAGCAGCCUCUGAUUCUCGAUCUGUUUACAUGAAACAGAAAUGGGUGUGGUGUACAUAUAUGAAUCGUCGAUCUUGCCUUAUAGUUUCUGAUGUUUCAGUCGCAACACGGUAUA